CGAGCUAAACGAAGCUCCCAAAGUCACACUCCAACUCAGACUCAGAAAAGGGUCUAAAAAAACCGGAAUUUUCUCAAUUCACAUGCAAACCCAUCAAAAAUUUCACAUAUAACAUAUGCAAGAUUGAAUCUUUUGGGAAAUUGAGAUAAUGGGUAUGCUUCAAAUUGGGAGUUUUCUUAAUUGGGAAUAUGAAUCUUACCCUGGAUAUGAAGAUUUCGCUGUUCUUCCACUGUUUGCCCUCUUCUUUCCCACAAUCAGAUUCUUGCUUGAUAGAUUUGUUUUUGAGAAAGUGGCCAGAAGGUUAAUAUUUGGGAAAGGACAAGAAAGGAUAGAAAAUGAGACUGAUGAUCGGAGGAAAAAGAUACGGAAAUUCAAGGAAUCAGCAUGGAAAUGUAUAUAUUUUCUCUCUGCGGAAGUUUUUGCACUUGUGGUGACAUACAAUGAGCCUUGGUUGACAGAAACCAAAUACUUUUGGGUAGGGCCCGGUGAUCAGGUCUGGCCUGACCAGAUGUACAAGUCCAAACUGAAGGCACUUUACAUGUAUACUGGCGGGUUCUAUGCAUACUCCAUAUUUGCGCUAAUAUUUUGGGAGACAAGACGCUCUGACUUUGGAGUUUCGAUGAGUCAUCAUCUUGCCACUGCGAUUCUUAUCGCCUUUUCCUAUAUAUCCAGGUUUGCACGUGUCGGUUCAGUAGUUUUAGCCCUUCAUGAUGCCAGUGAUAUAUUCCUCGAAAUCGGAAAGAUGUCCAAAUACAGUGGUGCUGAAGCUCUUGCUAGCUUUUCAUUUAUUCUUUUUGUUUUAUCCUGGAUUGUACUUCGCCUCACAUACUUCCCGUUCUGGGUUCUUUGGAGUACCAGUUAUGAAGUUCUCCAGACUUUGGAUAAGGAGAAACACAAAGUGGAUGGACCAAUCUAUUAUUAUAUCUUUAAUUCUCUUCUAUUUUGCUUGAUGGUUCUUCAUAUAUAUUGGUGGGUGUUGAUAUACCGGAUGCUUGUUAAACAAAUCCAAGCAAGGGGCCAACUGAGUGAGGACGUUCGUUCUGAUUCUGAAGAUGAACAUGAAGAUUGACCGUGCCCUAAGACUUCUACUGGUGUGAUGUUCACGUGAAGAAAGGAAACAACCGAAUGCUCUUAUGAACUUGUCGAUGAGCUGAGAAAUUGAUGCUUUGGCUCAUGAAAGCUUGUGAGUAGUUGAAGGUAGGUUGAAGGAACUGCAUUAUGGAGCAGAAAGCUAAUUGAUCAUUUGAAGUUAAUUUAACUCACCAUUUUCUGGUUAUUGAAACUGGCACAGGGACAUUUCCUUUUUCUUUUUUUGUAAUUUUUUUGGCACCGAGAAUGUGCAUAGUGACUUCUAAUGUGAUAUAGAAAGACUUGAAACUGCUGCCAGCUUUUCGCGCCCGAAGGGAGUUGAGUUGAUGUAAACUUAUUCAUGGAGCUUCAGCAGCAGUUUCCAGUUGUGCUUGGAAAUCACAUUUUAUUCUUGCAUGGUU